GUCGAUGCAUCGGCAUUGGUCGCCUCCAUAAAAGUGAUGGGGUCAUAUCAUCGAAUGGGUGCCGGCGAACGAGGACCGGAUAUGGCGGCGGUGCCGGUAUCGCUGGACGCUCUCGCCUCCGGCGACUGCACCAAGCUCGGCAGUGGGGUCUGUUUGAUGAACCCAACCUGGAGAGACGAGCAGCAUCCCUCCUUCAUCCGUUUCAUUGCUUCAUUCCUAAGUGCAAACUCAUACCGUCUUAAUUUCCUACCGAUAUCCCCUGACUUCAUAUUCAACAAUGGCGGAUUGUCAGUAGCAUUCAUUUUCGAAACAACUUGGGAUCCUGAUAAGGCUUCCGUCGUCUUUUCCAGAGUUGAAAGGCUGAAGGCUCAAUUCAGGCUUUUAUAUGUAGUCAUUGGUGUCCCAACGAGAGAGCAAAAUGAUUCUUUUAAUCAUUUAUACUUCAAGUAUGGCGUAGAACUUGGUAGACCGACCUUUGUGCUGGUUCGCGAUCCAGAGAUGGGGUUUGAGAAGAUUGUGAAGAUAGCACAUGCUCGUGGAGUAUGUAAACGACAAGACGCGGUUGGUACGAUGAGGAGCGAGCGUGAGAGAGCUGUGCAAGGAAUGGAUAUGUUCCUUAGAGUGGUCACCUCCAUCCCUGGCAUCGACGAUCAUGAUGCAAAUGCGCUCGUGCAAUCUAUCGGCUCUAUCGAAGCAAUAUCCAAAGCAUCCAAGAGCUUUAUUUUGGAGACAACUGACCUUUCGGUCGAGAAAGCCGAAAGAAUCGUUAGGUUUUUCAGAGAUCCAAAGAACUAUCUCAGUCCAAAACUCGACUAAGUUGCAAAGGACUUCUUCGUCGGCCACGCAUGCACUAUCAGGAUGGGAUGGCGAAGACCUCGACGGCCCACCAAACGUGCAACCAUGACGACUUCGCUGGCGAUAGGCAAAAGUGCAGUCGUACCCAUUAACACAUUACAGGCAGCCGUCUGUCUGUGGUGCAAAAAGUAAAUAUGACUGGCUUUAAGGCGCCACUUGUAUGCAUGCCUCAUUAAGACGAAGAGGUAAUAUAUAUAGUCUGUAUGUAUCAUCA